AUGUUCAAACGACUAAUAAAUCCUAUUUGCGGAAAUAAAUUUAUAUUUAAAAGUGAUGUGUACAGCGUGAAAUUGUUUACAACUAAUGUAGUUGUGAUUAACUCAUACAAGGCUCUGCAAGAAGCCAUGAUCACCAGGGGAUCAGACUUUGCUGACCGCCCUCAAAAUUUUACCACAGCGAGAAUUAUCACUGAUUAUAAAGAUAUUACAUUUCAAAAUUACACCGAUCAACUAAAAAGACAUCGGAAGAUCCUACAGACUGCGAUGCGUGCAAAUGGUACCAAGGGAUGGCAGAAGCUCAUAUCAAAGGAAAUUGAUAAGUUCUUAGAAUCACUUUCAAGAAAGGCAGGAACUCUUUUUGAUAUCGACCAUUCUCUCACUGUAACAUCGUUCAAUGUUGUGUGUGAUAUGGUAAUUGGACGGACGUUUACAGAGAACGAUAUGGAAUUCAAUAAUUUCCAAGAUGCGACCAGAGAAGUGACAAUGUGUUUACUGGCUACAAAUGUUGUUGCCUAUUAUGAUUAUGUUCCAUGGGUGAAAGUAUUCAUGCGGUCGAAACUCCAGUAUAUGAAGGAUGUAUCUGACAGGCGUUAUCGAUUUCUGGAGUCCGAACUUGAACACCAUAUUGCUACAUUUGACAGAGAAAAGCCCCGUGAUAUGAUUGAUAUGAUAUUGAUUGAAAGGGAAGAUUCAGACAUGAAAGCUGAUGACAUGUACAGCAAUGCACAUAUAAUACAAUCACUGAUAGAUUUACUUUCUGCAGGUGUUGAAACUGCCAUAUCGGCAACUAAAUGGUUGUUAAUAGAAUUGAUCCACCACCCGGAUAUCCAAGCAAAAAUCCAUCAAGAACUAGACGAAGUUAUUGGUGGUGACCGUCUCCCAGUCUACAGUGACCGGCAAAAUUUGCCCUAUGUUGAAGCAGCUAUUUAUGAAGCUUUACGCAUUCACAGCACUGUACCUCUGGGUGUUUUUCGCUGCACUGCUCGUGACACCUCGUUAGGGGGCCAUGAUAUUCCCACAAACACCAUUGUUAUACCAAACCAUUGGGCAAUUGAUCACGAUGAGAAGGUCUUUGAAGAUCCAUAUAGUUUUAAUCCUCAACGAUUCAUAGAUCCCAAAACUGGUUUAUUAGUUUCAUAUAACAAUAUGAACUUUGCUCCUUUUAGUAUGGGUCGUCGUGUAUGCUUAGGAGAAGUAUUUGGUCGUAUGAAGUAUUUUUUGAUUGUUUCUAAUAUCCUACAUCAGUUUGAGUUUGUUGUUCCUCCGGGAGUUGAAAAACCUUCCCGCGAGGGCAUUCUGGGCUUAACAUAUCACCCCAAACCAUUUGAAGUCAUGGUCAAAAAAAGAAAGUGA